CUCCAGUACCAGGCGCCAGAAUCCCUCUGCGCAGCUCUUGCUCAGAGAAUGUGGUUGGGUUAACAGUGUCCACUAGUCUGCCGACAGUCACUCUGCAGAUGUGUGGCUACAACGAACUGAGAAUAACCUUACUGUAAACUCGUAAAAAACAAUAAUGGAGGGACAAUCGAGGGGCAAAGCGCGUUCGUGAAUUUCAGUGGUGACCACGGUACAGUUGAAACGAGAAGUGUAGCCCAGCAGUAUGUGGUGGGAUGGAUGAGGAAGAGCAAAACCGCUAUGUGGCCCAGCUGAAGGAGGAAUUCGACAGCUGUGACACCACUGGCACCGGUUACCUGGACAAAGAGGAGCUUACUGUGCUUUGCAAUAAGCUACACCUGGAUGCCCAUCUGUCCUUGCUGUUGGAUACCUUGCUGGGGCCACAGCAUUAUGCCCGGGUGAAUUUUGAGGAGUUCAAGGAGGGAUUUGUGACGGUGUUGUCACGCUCUCUGGACUUCAGCACCUCUGAGGAAGAGAGCAGUUACCUGGAGCCAGCGAUCCCUGAAGAGGUGAAGCCCAAGUUUGUGAAAGGAACGAAACGCUACGGGCGUAAGAGCCGGCCGGACCGACCCAAUUCAGAGCUGACUGCCGAUUCGGAGGAGACCCCACCUUUCCGCACCGACACGAGUGAAACCACCGGAGUGAGGAGGGCCAAACUCAGACGCUCCACUUCACUGGAGAGCGUGGAGAGUCUCAAGUCAGAUGAGGAGACGGGGAACAACAAGGAGGCUUUUCUCUCCUCUUUCGAAGCACAAGGCCAGCAGAAGCGCUGGAAGCCGGACAGCACAGGAAGUGGCCCGCGUUCCCCGGGCCCGCGGGAGGAAGUGACAGAUGGCCAGGUGAGGGCCGUGUGGGAGGAGCUGGGGGUCGGCGCCGGAGGCUCGCUCUGCCGGCAGGAGCUGUCGCUUGUGUGUGAGCACAUCGGCCUGAAGAACCUGCAGACGGAGGAGCUGGAUGCUCUCUUCAGGAAGCUCGAUACGGAUCAGGAUGGGAGAGUGAGUUUGCAAGAGUUCCAGACGGGCCUUUUCAACCAUGGAGAUCUGCCUGCUCCAACGUCCUCCUCCACCCCACUGAGGCCCAAGACCCAGCACUCACUGUUACAGCAGGCGUUCGACGAGCGGGCGGCGCGGUCCACCUCCCCCUCCCUGCUCUCGGCCACCGUGGGCCAGAAGCUCCUGACCCGGCUGGAUGAUGGGACGGGCUGCACCAGUCCGGAGGGGAUCAUCACCCUUUGGACCGAGGAGGGCAUCCGCAACAGCAGGGACAUCCUACAGACUCUGGACUUCUCGCUGGACGAGCGACUGAGCUUGGCCGAGCUCACCCUGGCGCUGGACAACGAGCUGCUGGUCAGCGGCAAUGGCAUCCACCAGGCCGCCCUCAUCUCCUACAAGAACGAGAUCCACUUCCUUCAGAUGGUGGCGGAUCAGGCAUGUCGGGAACGGGACAAAGCCAAGGCCGACCUGGAAUGGGCCGACCGGAGGAACCUGCAGCUGGUCAGUGAGGUGGACGACCACCAUGCCACCAUGGAGUCACUCAACGAAACCAAAAUCAAGGGUCUGGAGCAGGACUUCCGGGAAAAGCUGACGGCGCUGCGUAGCGAGACGGAGCAAGAGAGCGAGGUGCUGAUGCAGGAGCUGGAGUGGGAGCGCACCAAACUCCAGGAGGAGAUGGAGGCCCUGCAGGCCAAGGAUGUCAGCCUCCAGGAGGAGGUGUGCAACGUCACCCAGGAGAACACUCGUCUGGAGGAGGAGGCGGGCGCGCUGAAGGGGAAGCUCAGCGAGACCGAGAGCACCGUCACCAGGCUGCAGAGGGACCUGGAGCAGCUGCUGCAGGACAAGUUUGAAAGCCUGGAUCAGGAUCAGGGCCAGAGUGGAGUUCAUCAGGAGGAGCGCUUCUCCGAGGUCAUUAAGGAAUAUGAAGUCCAGUGCAGGGAGUUGCGAGACCGGAAUGACGAGUUGAGCUCGGAGCUGGAGAUGCUGAAGAGCCAGAGCCUGGUCAGGAGACCCAGACGCUCGAGAGAGAGCCUGUCCUCUCCCACCUGGUCCUGCCGCCGAGCUCUCACCACCGAGUCUGAUUCAGAUGACCCUGACAUGAAGAAAGGCAGUUCUCCUCAAGUCAAGAAAAAACUUCAAGUGGAAAAUAAAAAUGCUCUGGGUUCUCUGGAAAGUCUAUCUGCACCUGUUAGCAUAGAGACCGAGUUGGCCAUGGAACAGCUGAAGGAGAAGUUCGAACAGGAGGUACAGGACCUCAAGAUCCAGCUGGAGACCAAGGUGAACUUCUACGAGCGCAGUAUGGAGCUGAUGCGGUGCAACAUGGAGGUGGAGCGCAAGGACAUCUCCCAGAGCUUCAAGGUGGAGAUCAGCGAGCUGGAGGAGCAGAAGGCCCAGGCCGAGGAGCGUGCCGAGAAGCUGAAGCAGGCCGCGGAGAAGACGGACGCCCAGCUGCAGGCCAGAGCCGAGGGGAUGGCGUGGGGGUCCGACCUGGACCGCCGGCACCAGCGGGAGCGGGCCGAGCUGGAGCAGAACUACGCCCGCGAGAUGGGCAACAUCGUGCAGCGGCUCACCUCCGAGAAGGACCAGCUGGAGGCCGAGCUGAAGCUGAAGAUGGACCAGGAGGUGCUACUGGUCAGGGCUAAACUUGAUGAAGUCCAUUCUGAGAACAGUGCACUGAAAGACCGACUGACGAUGCUACAACAAGAUGUGAAGUCACUUGAAGAGGAGGUCGACAAAAAGAGGAGGAAACUGGAUGACGUUGAGCGAGAACACGAGAAGAAAAGGGAGGAUGAGGAAAAGCUACACAAAGAGAAUACAAAACACCGCGAGGAGGUUCUGGACCUCAGCUCACGGAACCUCCAGCUCAGCAGUGAAAACGCUGAGCUCAACUCUCGUCUCCGUGCCGACCAGGGUGCUGUCCAGAUGCUGACGGAACGCCUGGCCCAGGUGUGCCGCGAACAGGAGGAUGGGAAGACGACCGUCCAGAAGCUGCAGGAGGCGUCCAGUCAGCAGGACCGGGAGAGAUCCCAGCUCCAGGCCAGCUGGCACCUAGAGCGCGGGCUGCUGGAGAGAGAGCUGACGACCGCCAAGGAGAAGAUUCAGCAGUUGUCUCAAGUUGAGUCGGAGCUGACCAGCCACACCCUGAAACAGCAGUGGCUCCAGCAGGACAAGGAGAAGCUGCUGAAGGAGGCUGAGGAGAGGAACCACAAGCUUGAGAAACUCCAGGAAGCACUUCGUGCUGUUGACACUCAGACGGAACAGCUGCGUUCCCAACUCCAGGCUGCGUCCCAGGAGAAUCGUUCCCAACUCCAGGCUGCAUCCCAGGAGAAUCACGCUCACAACCAGGAAAAUGCUGCACUUCAGAGAAUGCUGCAAGAGUCUCAGGACAAGGUCAUUGAGCUGGAGAUGAGCUUGGGUCAGCUGUGUAGGGAGAAGGAGGAGCUUCAGAAGAGCCGUCGGCAGCACGAGGAUGAAACCGCUCGGGCUUUGGAAGAGGAAUGCCGAAGGCUUCAUUUACAAAACCAGGACCUACUUCAAAAGGUGGCACAGCUGCAGACUCAGGAGAGGGAGCUGAGGAAACUGACACACGAAUGCCUGACUCUGAAACACAAACAGGCCCAGCUAGAGACGGUUACUCAGGAGGCCAAGGAUCAAGCACUGCGGGCAGACACGGCCCUCUCCCUGGCGCAGGCCCAGCACGCGCGGGCGGUGCAAGACAUGCGGGAGCAGGCUGGUGUGGGCUCCAGGGAGCAGCUGGCACCCCUCCAUGCCCAGCUGGCAGAGCAGCAGCGCAGGGGGCAGCAUCUGGAGGAGCUGCUCCGCUCCCAGGCACAAAAGGGCAGCACGCAACUGGCACUGCAGCAGGAGCAAUAUGAGAAAGUAAUGGGACACAUGCAGGAGAGGAUGGAGGAGGUGGAGGCGAAGCUGAAGAAUGUUCGGAUGAUGUUACAGGAGAAGGUCACUCAGCUUAAAGAGCAGCUGACCAAAAACGCCAAGUCCGACCUCCUGCUGAAGGACUUGUAUGUGGAGAACUCCCAGCUCAUGAAGGCGCUGCAGAUCACGGAGCAGCGUCAGAAGAGCGCGGAGAAGAAGAGCUUCCUGCUCGAGGAGAAGGUGGCUGCUCUGAACAAACUCCUACGGAAAAUCGCUCCUGCAUCCCUGUCGGCAUAGAGCACUUCUUUCCCUACAAGCUUCCACAAGAGCCAUAUUCUAUUGUGACAUACCUCUCUUCUUUCUCCACACCCAAGUAGAAUGCGAUCACAGCGUAGUGAGGCAAGUGCUGUAUUGUCCUUCGUCACCCCAAAGCAAUAAAUGACCCUCGCGUAUAUUUUCCAAGCACAAACCAAGCAGGUAACUUGGUAUAUAUUUUCAUCUAGGGUACUGGGCACAGUGUUUUUGCUCCAUAUAUUUUUUCACCUCCUGUGAAGCUGUAAGACGUGUUGCAGGUUUCAAUAAUAGGUUCAAAUAUUGUGCUUUUAAUAGCGUGUCUGAUGAAGUGGGUUGAGACAAGUGACCAGUAGUGGACCAUGCUACAAGAUAUUACUGCUUUCUUAAAACCCAUGAUAUAAUCCUAUGACUACACCACCCAGUCUCGAACUACAUGUGGUCUUGUACAGUGACGACCCCCCCCCAGGUCAAUCCCGGUCCCCUGUGUACCUCUGACUAGAUGUGGAGAUGCGUUCAUGCACUGCCUGGGAUUCAUUCCCAAUCUUAACAUCACAGGGAAAUCAGGGUGCUGCUUUAUAUUCCCACUAUUCCUUCUGUCAACAUGGAUCCAAGGACUAAGUUUGGCACAAUCAUGUCUGGAUGGAUGAAUGAUAUUUAUGAAAGUGUUUCUUAAUAAACUUGUAAUAGCAACCAAAAGUACAGUAUUUCAUAAUGUAUAGUUUUGAUACACGGGUGCUACAUUUUGACACUUGCACAUUUUGAAAUCUCUAUGCACUACUGUACAAUUGUUUUUGGAUAACUCAUAAGCGUAAGUAGUAUUGCAAACAAAUUGUGGAAAGAACGUUACAGAUUGUGGUUAACAUUAUUCAGACAUUUUCCCAGAUGGUGACAUUAUUGUAUAAAGAGUAAUUGUUAAGUAGGAUGUACAUUUAUUUUUUUGCCCUACAUCAUUGUAUAAAUUUAUGUACAAAUGUUUACCAAGUAAAACCUCUUCCCUUGAACACA